UGGAGAAAUUGAGGAUAACCAGUUCUAGUUUUGGAGGUGUCUGAAAAGGCUUUCCAAAUUCAAGGGGAUGUCAGUCAUUAUGAAGAACAAACCACAUUGUAUUGCUGAAGAGUGACGGGUUUAACAACUUCAUUCACUACCAACCUAUGGCUCCAGUUAUCAACACGCUCCUGCAAACAAUCACAUUUUUCUAACAUCUGCAUAAAUAUCAUCUGACUUAUCUUGAUGUGGAUAUCAACUACUAACACUAUGACAUAGUUUGUUGUGAUGAGUGUUGUGAUGUUAUAAAGUGAUACAACAACAGCCAACGAGGAUAAUUGUCAUUAAUGCACCAACAGCUCAACGUUCACUACACACUGAUUAGGUUGCCAUAGUUUCCUGAUGAACACCUUCAGUACUGUGCAAUUAUUUCACCUAUAUGAGCCAAGCCACUGCAACCAGCAAAUCCCACUGGACCAGCAGAGUGCGGGAGAGUGUCAUAUGCAGGACACAGUCAGGUGACUUAGGAAUAACUGUGAAAGGAGGAGCGGAAAAUGGACAGUUUCCAUAUCUUGGAAAGCUUGACCCAAGGCGAUGUCACUGUAUUCGUGGUGGACUGCACCAAGGGGACUUGAUUCUUGAAGUGAAUGGUACUUCUCUCUCUGGACUGACCAUUAGUGACAUUAUGGGUGUACUCAGCACCUGCAAAGAGCAGGUGCUUUUAAAAACAGUGACACCAGAUGCCUCGCUUGGAAAAGAUCUGCAUCAGCAUCUUGGACGGAGCUUUAAGAGUGGAAGUGCAGAUUAUGAGCUUCAGCAAAUGAUCCGACAGAACCUCUAUCUCAGGGUCGUGCCAUAUACAACAAGACAACCGAAAGAAGGUGAGAUCCCAGGACUUGACUACAAUUUUAUCUCCGUGUCGGAGUUCCAGUCUUUACGAGAAAGUGGUUAUUUUUUGGAAACUGGAACUUACAAAGGCAACCACUAUGGAACACCACAUCCCAGCUGUGUCUCUGAGGGCAACCAUCAUUUCAGUGAGCAGGAGAACAAAUCCAGGGCCACACAGCAGCAGCAUGAGCAUAUUAAAUCAAUUACUUAUCUUCAGAAAGGAGGAGCCACUGAUAGUCCCGGGGAGCAAACAGAAACAACAUGCUCUAGCUCUGACCUUACAGGGACAAUGUCAGAGGCUACAUAUAAAUCUGACCCUGAUGAGAAAAUGAAGAUGCCACCCGAGUUCCAAAGUGACAUGCUUUCUAUUUCUGAACCCUUGCAUCCAAAGGAGAAGACCAAAGAUAUGGAAUCCCUUCCUGAAAACUGGGAAAUGGCCUACACAGAAGCUGGAGAGAUCUACUUUAUUGACCAUAACAGCAAGACAACAACUUGGCUGGAUCCCAGGUUUCUAAAGCAAGAAGCAGAGGAAACAGCAGACAGAGGCUAUGAAUUCACAAGUGACCCAGCAGAAAUGAAUGGAUACAUGGUCCCAGCAAGAAUUGUGAAGGGCAAGAAUGGAUUUGGGUUUAACCUUGCCGGUGGGAGCAAACCUCAUGAAUUUUUACAGAUCGUCAGUUUACUUCCUGAUAGCCCUGCUGCACAGUGUGGGAACAUAAAGACAGGUGACAUUAUUAUUUUCAUCAACAACAUCUGUGUUUUGGGACACUCACACAAACAGGUGGUAAAGAUGUUUCAAGCUGUUCCAGAGGGUGGCAGUAUGGAGUUGGUACUAUGUCGUGGCUACCCUUUACUCUACGAUAUGAAUGGCCAAGCCAUUGAAGUUAAAACCAGUCAGGGAAGCACUGCAAAGGAUUCCCAAAGAAGAGAAUCUAAUGAGCUGCUCUCACAUUCCCGAGGUGUGCAGAAUGGUUAUGAAAGAGAAUCAGUAGGAGAUACUCUCGAAUGUCUUACCGUUAAUGGCCAAGUGGAACAAACUAGUGCUGUGCACCAAAAUGCAUCCAAUAAAAAGCUGUCUGUCAGUAAUCUAAACUGUAAGGCAUCCGAAAUGGGCUGUUAUUCUGAAAGUCAGGCAAGGACAGCAACGUUGAGAGGAAAAGCAAAAGGGGAUACUUUGGGUAACAGCUUAUACUCCGAUAGUAUUUACAGGAAUAGAUUUUCCAAAGAUGGCAGAGCUGUGUCACAAACUGCAAACCAUGGCAUGGAUCUAGUUUCUGCUGAAAUGACAGGAAAAGAUGACAGUGAUAAAGCUGCAGCAGAUUCCAGAUUAACAAGUCUUGCUUCAGAUUAUGGGAAGAGAAAUGGAUCUGAUGCUGGUGUCCAUGGAAACUACAACAUUUCAUCCUCUUCUGCCAUGGCAACCAAUGCCAGAUUAAUUCCAGUGCCAGUCAAGAAGUGUUUAUCUGGCCUGGGGUUUAAAGUGACAAACUGUAGCUCCAGUGGUCGUUUGAAAGUUGAGAGGAUUUGGAAUAGACAACAGUGCCCUUUGUUGGAGGUGGCAGAUAUCAUUGUUAAGAUAAAUGGCAGUGACUUGCAGGGUUUGACCUCCAGUCAGGUGGAAUGCAUUCUGCAGGAGCAAAUUAGAGAAGGAGAUGUGAUACUCCUUAUUCAGAGAGAAGAGCCAAAGUCACAGAUAAAGCAGGCACUUUUGUCUCCUGUAGCAUCAAGCCAGUCCAGCACAAAAUUGCCACAGUCCUUGUUUAAGCUCCAACAUUCCACUGCCCUAAGCAAGCAGCCUGCUGGGUUUUCAAGAGCUGAAGUAGUUCCAACUACAAGUGCUACCAGUGAGCCUUCCACUGGACAGUCCUCCAAGGGACACCAUGCAACACAACCCAGCUGCUCAAAGUCAUGCAGUGGAAGUGCUACAGACACUAUAAUCCAGGCCACCAGUUUUGUAGAUGUCGAACCUUCAACCACUGUACAGCAAGUAGACUCCCAGAAGCAGUCCCUCGAAAGAGUGGCUUUGCAUGGUUUUGACAGUUAUCACAGUGAUGUAACACAGACUAAUUCACAACGGCAGCUCUUGGGGAAGGAAUCAAGUCAUCAGCCAUCCGAGCAAAAUAAAACAGUAGCAGCAACACACACAAGAGAUGGGGUUCAUUUCCAUGAGGAAACUGGAAGUAGUAAUGAUUGUUCUAAUUUCUUCAAAUCCCAAGAAAUUUCUCCAAUUGAUGUGGCACUAGAUAGGAGAGAAGAUGAAGGCUUUGGCUUUGUUAUUCUGACCCUGGAAGACUCUAAUGCAGAAUCACAUCUCCACAAAGGCAGGUCUGUUGUGAAGCAUAAGAUCAGUGAAAUCCGGAAAGGUAGCCCAGCAGACCGCUGUGAACAGCUCAGUGUGGGAGAUGAGUUAGAGGCUGUAGAUGGACACUCUAUUGUGAACAUGCCCCACCGAGACAUUGCUAAUCUAUUCCGGAAGGCGGGGAACAGGAUAUGGCUGCGGAUUUUUCCGAGAGGCAGAAAUGCAGGUUUAGCUAAUGCGUGUGACACAGGUGAUGGUGAUGCUGACAGCAGAAGGAAGCCGCAACAGAAAUCCCAGACACAGAAGACUGGAAUCUAUGUAGCGGAGCUGGAGAGAGGCCCGACUGGCUUUGGAUUCAGUCUAAGAGGUGGUAAGGAGUACAAGAUGCAGCUGUACGUGCUGGGGCUUUUGGAAGGAGGACCAGCAGAACGUAGUGGGAGGAUACAGGUUGGCGAUCAGCUCAUAGAAAUUAAUGGAGAGAGCACAUCAGGGAUGACACACACACAAGCUGUUGAGCAUAUCCGCAGAGGUGGCAGUAGGAUUCGUCUGGUUUUAAAACGAGGAAGUGGUUUUGUUCCCAAAUAUGACCAAGAAAAUAAUUACAUUUCUGCAAACACCCAAAAUGCAAGACCAAGAUCAUUGCACAUGGUAUCGUACUCUGGUGAAGGCAGCAGUCAGAGGCAGUGUUUUGAGACAGACAGCACUCCGUGGGAGAGGGGGGAUAGCAAACCUGUUCACUCAACUGCCAACAAGAGGGAAUCUGGCUCAAUCUUGAGAGAAAAACGAGCCAAAGUGCAGACCUACGAUGAGUCUUCAAAGAGCAAGAGGCAUACAUUCCAUGGUCAAUCCAAUGAAAAGGACACAGAAUGCAAACUGCUGAAGGAAGCUAUGAAAGAAGCUUCAUCACACGAGUCCUCAACAGUAAAGGAAAGGUCCAGAUCUUCCAAUAUGGUGAUGGAGAGAGAUCUUGGUGGUAGCCCAGUAAAGAAAAAACAACAUAGUGAAGUAAAAGAAAACAAGGAGAUGCACCAGCGUGGUGAGUUAUCAGGAGAAACAGUCAGAUUUAUGAUGGACAGUCUAAGAUCUGAGCUCUCAAAGCACCCCAUUCUAGAAAGGACUAGGUGCUAUUCUGCUAGACAAAGCUUUGAGAAGAGCAAUGAGCAAGCCACUGCUAACAAGCCAAAGUUAUUGCUCACUACUUUGGCUUCUUUUGAUCCAGGUUUUUCUUCUCAGCACAGUUCUGCCUCCCUUCCUAGACAAGCAUGGAAAUCUAACAGCGUAGAAGGAAUGAGUUCAAUGUCAUAUAACACUAGGAGCUUUUCAGAGAAAGGAAGCACUUUGCAAAGUGAAUCACAACGAAGACAAGUUCUGUCUCCUGGACCAUGGUUAGUGCCAAGUGAGGAGAAACUUUACAAUACCCUGAAAAGAGUAUAAAAACUGAUUACAGAGUAUUAAUGAAAGAGUGAAAAUCCUUAAGUGUAUUUACUAGAUCAUUUGGAAGAAAUUACCUUUUUCAAAAAUUUGAACUUGCUUUCUAUUUUAAGUCAGGAUUCCAUUAAUCAGAUAUAACAAGGUGUUAUCAGAAUUCUGCUGUAGCGCAGUUAUUUAUAGAACUUUCAAAAAAUAUCUGCAUUGUAUGCUUGACUGUGCCAGUUUUUUGAAAACUUUUUGUUAAAAGUUGUGAUGUAUAAUUUUCCAUAGUUCUGCAUUAGCCACUGGCUUCUUGAUCUGUGCUUUUGGCUAGCCUGAAAUGACAUGCCGUUUCGCAAGAAUAGUAUUCUUGACAUCAUAUGCCAACUACAUCUACUGUACCAGGAAAGCAGGUUCAAUGUACUUACUCUGUGAGUGAGAAAAUGUACAGACAGACAGUAUUCUUGAGUCUACUUUUCUACAAAAAUUCUACUAUACUUACUUAAACACUGAUUUGAAGAUAAGUGAGUAUUUAGCAUAACAACUAUAUGUUAACAUGCUGAAUGAAAUUUCAUUUAAUAGAAAAAUACUCAUGUGUUGUUAUGCCAGCCACUUUAACUUUUGGUGGGAGUGAUGAGCUGAUGGUUUCAGUCUGACCAUUUUUUUCGUCAGUCAAGGUUUUGUGAGUUUUUUUUUUCUAAGCCUUCAGUUUCUGUAUUCCCUCUUUUGAAGCCAAGCUUCUCACUUCUGUACUUUUUAUGUCUCCUCUAGUGUGCGUUUUCAAGAAAUGUCUGUGAACCAUAUUCUCCAUUGUAUUGUUACCUUGUUGUCCAAGUGCUCCCACCAGGCUAGCAGUGUUGCUAUCAUGUAGUGACCCUUAAAAUUAAUUCUGAACAAACAGAAACCUAGCUGAGUCAUUCAUUUCCAGUACCUCAAAGGCUUUCACUUACUUUUUGCCACCUUUGUGCACUAUCUGUGUCUACAUCUAUUCCCAGUGAGUGACCGUAAAAAAAUCCAAAACAAGUUUCUGGUAGGAUUACAGAAUUCUACCUUACAUGAGCUUGGAGAGAGGUAGGCUUCCUGCUAUUUCUCCAGGAUGGAUUUUGAAGCCUUAUGAAGGAUAAUGCAGAAUGGGGACAUUGCCGUGGGCACUGACUUUUAGACAAUAGAGUUCAACAUAUCCAAUAUAAGAAACAAAAAACAGGUCCACAGCUUGUGAAUUGUCAAACUGUUCUUUUUUUUUCAAGGUCCCAGCAAAUGAUUAGUUUGCUGUGUACAGGGCUGACCUUAGCAAAUGUGGGCCCCAAUUUGGACCAUUUUAAUGCUCCUCCAGCUAAGCACACCACCUAUACCGCCACACCCCCACCCCACUCCAGCCCCCUUCUAUCCUCUAGCCUUCUGGACUUUAGGUAUUUGAAAUUAAGUUUGUGAAAUGCAAGCUAUUCCUGUGCAUUAAAACAAAGUAGUAUCUUUAAAAGUAUAAGAUAAUUAAUAAACAUAACACUAAGCAGGUCAUGCUACUCUGAAGUAAAGAAAACUGAAACAUAAAAACUGGUAAAAUGUUCUAAAUCAUCACAGCCCCCAGCUCUCGUCUCUGUGCCCAGUAUGCUGGGAUACCAAGAAUUCCAGAUGAUUGAGUGAGUAGGGAUGGGCUUGAUGUUAUGUGGAGAGAGGGGGCCAAAAAGAACAUGGACAUUUUGUAAACUCAGUUAUACAUUCUCAUGUCACAGUACCCCUUUUUCUUUCAUGGGUUUACAUUCAACUCUUGCACCUGCUCUGAGCUGUUGUAAUCCUAUGUCCAGUUAAUUGUCAUACCUUGUAAAAGUCAUAAAACUGCUGAACGUCCUUGGAAUGAUUAAUACUACUAUUACUACUACUAAUAAUAAUAAUAAUAAUACAAUAUCAUCAUCUCAAGUCUCUCCUUAGAAAUGGCAUUACUCACACACAUCCACACUUGAGUAUUUCUGAAAGUUUACUGAUUUGCUAAACCAGGUAAGUGGAUUGAUGCUUGCAGAUCACUUUCAGCCAUAACUUAGACCACAACAGCAACAGUAAAGAUUACACACACAGAAACUUUAUGGUAGCCACAAAGCAGCAUGGUUUUGGUAAGUGGAAAGAAACCAUAAUGCUUUAAGGAAACCCAUACAGAUGCAGAGAAUACACAGCAACAUUUCCUCUUAAAAGUGUUGUCCAAUUCAGACAUUUUUUAUCUUUAUAUUUCUAUUUGUCUACUCCCCUGCCCUCCACCACCAGUUUUUAUGUGAUUCUGAAACUAUGGUAUGCUUACAGUACCUUUUAUGAGUCAAACUGUUUCUGUUACUGGGUUCCUUUUUAGUCUGCACCUCUGCCUCCCUGCACUCAACCUAAACACCUUGUGUUUUGCUUCUCUUGAUGUAUUUUGGUGCUGUCUGCACCUGCAGCAAGUGUUUUGCUGCCAUACUGAUGAGCUGUUAACAUUCUGUCAUGUCUUGUUGAUUACAACUUACGUCAUUCACAUCACAUUACCUGCAAAUUUUUUUAUAUCACUGUCAGUCUUCAUAUUAAAAUGGUCUUACUGUCUUCUGUAACCGUAAAUGAAGUGAUGCACAAAACCAGAAGAUUAAUUUAACCUCUGUUUUGGGUUGCAAACUCUCGAGUACUUAGCAACUAAGUACUAUGGGAGAAUUAGCAUCUAACACUGUCAGUCAUACAACUGUCACAAAACUGCAGUGUUAAUAAUGUCAUAUUAACCAGUAAUGCAAUGAAUGACACAAAAUGUAGUCAUCUCCUCUGACAAGAUUCAUAGCUACUGCAGAAGCAAGACUACAAGUAGGAAAAUACUUUGCUGAAGUGACACUUAGGCAAGUCUUAUGGGCCGCAUAAGACAAUAAUGAUCCUGCCACUGGAGUGGGGCCCUAUUUGAUUGAAUAGGUCCAGCCGGCCUAAGGCCAGCCCUGGCUGUAUAAUAAACAUAUUUUUAUAAAGUUGCUGUGCUGUUGUGUAACCUAAUAACUCAUGGCUGCCUUUAAAAAAAUAUGACAUUUUACAUGCUGUCUUUAAAUGAUUGCUGUUGCUUACAACCGAGAUGGAAAAGUGCCAUAUGGGUGUGGUGCCAAGGUUACUGAACUCUGUUUAUAAAGCCCUGCUGGACUUACGACUGUGGAUUACAGAGUGAGCACUUUUGCAAGGUGGCUUAUGAAUACACAUGAAGCAGCAACUUUCUCUCACACUUUCAGUUUAGCAUCAACCCUCUACCCAUGACUUUGAUACCUUAUCUUUCUGGAGUACUUUAUUUUUGUUUAUUCUUUGUUGACCAGCUGGGUGGGCUGUUCCUUUGACCCUUUUCAACCAUGAUCCAGGUGCAGAAGGCACAAAAGCACAAAUAAAAGAUUGAAAUGCACUACUUCAAAAUUACACAAGUAAACAGCUGGUUUUAGAACUUUUGUGUAGACUAAAAUCUUCUGUUGUCCAGCAAUCUAAAAAAACAUUUACUAUGCAAAGGAUUCAUAUAGAUAUGUUAAUGUCUGCACAGAAAAACUGGAAUCAGGAGAUGAAAGAGAAGUAUGGCUUGAGAAAUGAGAAGUGAAGAGAGAGAGAAGAAAGUUGAAAAAGAAGCAAGUAAAGCAGAGGAGGAGUUAGUGAACAGAGGAACUGUUAGUCAGUAAUUGAUUGGAGCAGAAUGUUAAUAUAAUAGUCCUAUAGGAAGAGGAAUUAUAAGUUAAAUUUACAUAUUUACAGGAAAGGGAAGUCUCUCUGUUAUGUGAUAAGAAUCAUUAGGAGUUAUGGCUUAUGUGUGAAUGUAGGAACAAGAUUGAGGAAUGUAUUUGAGUGUUGGAAAUUAUCCUUUGUAUGUGCCUUUUAGAUGUAAUAUCAGUUUUUUCCUGAACUGUGAGUACUUAGUAAGUUAAAUUAGUUAAAAAAGCAAGAAAACCUAUGGUAUGUUACAGAGGGAGUCCGAGAACCUUACUAAUCUCCUGUGUCAGCCUAGUCACUGACGCACCCCAGGGUCUACCAGUAAUACUUUGUCUAACCCCUUAUUAUCAGUUGGAUACCCUUCUCCUCCUCCUCCUCCUGCUUCCAGAAGACUGUUUUUCUUACUCUUCUGAUGUCCUUUGUUGUGCCACUCAAGUGUCCCAUGUAAUAUCUAUUGUUUUUUGCACACUGUGCUCACCCCACUAUACUGUCCCAGCAUCUUCUCUUCCUAGCUGUACUGGCUGGUUUGAGAAGUUUGUGGCAUAAGUGCACAUAUGGAUAGAAGUUGUAAAAUUAAUUUGCUUUUAAUUGAUUGUUUAAAUGGCCAGAUGGCAGAAUUGUAAGUACACCUGUAAUUCCUAGCUGUUUUUUAUGCUACAUAAUUGACCCUGCUAUGUCAACAUUUACUAAUUACUACAGCUGCAGUGAUGGGGAAUUAGAAUAUUGCAAGUGACUAAAUCAGUGGAAAAGUCAUCUUUGCAGUUUACAAUGAAAAGCUAAAUGUUGCAGUAUUGUGCUUCUGUUUCCAGUUUUGUAUAAACCCAGAAUGCAAGGAAUCCUCUGCUCAUCUCAGAUGUUUUAAGGCUCAGCUUCGGCCAUCAGGCAGUUAUCCCAGAACAACAGGUCAGAGAGAGAGUUGUUCUCCAUCACCAGAUAUGAAACCAAAUUCUUUCCUCACUAUCCACAUAUGACCUACAUGCUUGGUCACCGAGAUGUGUUAAAGUACAGAAUUCAUCUGAAUGCAUUGAUUCAAAACCUAAAUGAAACGUUUCACUGUGUUACUGUGGUCAGCCAUCAGGAUAGGUGUAUGUAGUGUUAACCACCAAGAAGGCUGAGUCAUCUACAGAAACAUUGUUCCAUUUGUAUAAUUCUCCUGCUUGGUUGAGGCUGAAAGUAGGCUUCCUCAUACAGUGAGGAAAAGUGCUGUCACUAACAUCAAUGAAAGUAACAUUGCCUCCCCCCCCCCAUCUCCUGCUCUGAUACUUUGGUGUUCAAUAGCUGUGGCUUUCUUCACACUGACAGUGUCAUUUAUUUUCAUGAUCUGAAUCAGUAAUGGCUUCAAAUGGUUAUUCUAGCAAUGGGCAACCUAUUCUCCUCCUUGGGAUUUUUCUACCUUGUUGUCCUAAUGUUCCCGAUUUUUAGAAUGGACCACUGUUGGACAUGUGAAUCAUAUGUGAUUUCUUGCUAUCAGCACUAUAGAGUAGUAGUACACUACUUGGCAGUCUCUAAUGUUUUUGUAAGUAUGUCUGAUGUUUUCCAGCUAUUCAUAUCCACCCCAGUCUCAGCUUUCUGUAGCAACAGUGAGCAGGGGAUUCACAGGUCAAAGUUAUAGCACUGUAUUGCAAAAAAGAAAAAAAUGUUACUUUUUGUAUGGUCACUUUGGAGUUUGAUACAUUUAUUUGAUCGAAUUUUGUAACACAAAUUGUGAAUAUUUAUAAUGUAUAAAAAAUCAAUGCUGCUGAUUGUCAAGUGUUUUUAUAUAUAUAUAUAUAUAUAU